GCGGAAGAGGCGGCGCGAGGCGCGGAACCGGCGAUGUUGCUCUUCUGCCCGGCCUGCGGCAACGUGCUGGUGGCCGAGGAGGGGCCGCGGUGCCACCGCUUCGCCUGCACCACCUGCCCCUACGUGCGCAAUGUGACGCGGAAGGUGACGAGUAGGAAAUACCCGCAGCUGAAGGAGGUGGACGAUGUCCUGGGCGGCGCCGCGGCCUGGGAGAACGUGGACUCCACCGCAGAGCCGUGCCCCAAGUGCGAGCACCCCCGCGCCUACUUCAUGCAGAUCCAGACGCGCUCGGCCGACGAGCCCAUGACCACCUUCUACAAGUGCUGCAGCCCCCAGUGCGGCCACCGCUGGAGGGACUGAGGGCCCCGCACGCCUCGGGGCCGGCCCAAGCUGAGGGGGCCCCGGUCUGGGCCUGUCCUGGGGCCCUGUCCUGGGCCUGUCCGGGGGUCCUUGUCCGCGGUGCCGGGGCCAGGCUGGCGGCGGCCGCCCUCGCAAUAAAGCUGGCGGUGAGUGGAAAUACCCUCGUCGUGUGGUGCUUUGAAAGCCCCUGAGGCCGAGACUGGCAUGAAGAACUGAAAGAGGAGAGGCCGAGCCAGUGACACGGUAAAAAAUCAGUGUUUAAGAGGUAACUUUAGUUAUCUAAAGCUCUCUGAGAAUACUCAGCAAAGGUUAGGCCAGAGUCACCUGCUGUGGAAUUGACCCCCACACAAAGUAAAGGUGAAAUGUUACCACUGGAGCCUUAAUGGGAGAAAAAAAGAACUGGGGCCUUUUGCCCCACAUAGGCAAACCGGAGCAGAAGUUCUGUUUAAAAUCUUGCAAAAGCUAGAAAGGAUGCAUGGAGUCCUUUGGACAGGUAGAGGCCUGGCUUGGCUUUUACAGGAAUUUCUUUCACAGC